AUGAAAAAAAACGGACUGGUAAAAAGCGCCCUUUGUAGUGCGAGGUUGCACCAAAAUGGUGCACACGUAAAUGCAGCCGCACAUGCAGCUGCGCUCACGGCUGCGCUCAGUGUGGCAGACCUCUGGACAAGCAAAUCCCUGCAGACACGGAGAAGCAGUGGUAGUAAUGCCCCAAACAGCAGCUUCGAUGUGUUUGAUAAAAUAAAAGACAUAACCGGAAGCAACCGAAACGAGGAAGCCACUGAAGAAAACGACUCAAAGAAAAGGAAGCCAUCCAAAAAGGUGUUAAAGCUUGUAGAUGAAAUUCUUAACCUAACCCUAAUCGAAGCAGCAGAUCUAUGUGACCUGUGCCAAGAAAAGUUGGACGGAGACAAACAAUUCAAUAACUCCGUUUUUUCUAACAGGAACCCGUUUCCACAUCCCUCUAGCUUCUUCAGCGCAGGGAGUUUCUCAGCCGCAAAUCUGCCCCCAGGGAUGCACUCUGCUCUCCCCAGUCAUGUCGCUGCCGUGGGUUCUAUCCCAUCGGGUGCCACUCCCAAUUUGGGGACAGCAGAAAAAAAUGAACAGGCAGAGACAAAAAAGAAGGAGGAGAAAAAAAACAACAAAAGGACAUUCAAUGUAAAGUUAGAAAACUUCGACGUAAAAAAUAAAAUUAACACGAUUAAAGAAAUUCGCAAAAUAACCAACGUCGGGUUGAAGGAGGCAAAGGACAUGGUGGAGAGCGCCCCUUUCUAUGUGCAAAAGAACGUGCCCGCGGAAAAAGCAGAAGAAAUGAAAAAGAAGUUCGAGGAGCUGGGCGCCACAAUUGUAUUGGAAUGA